CUGACGUCAUCAUCCUGCGCCGAUUUACAGGGACACUGGCGGCAUUUUAUCCAUACAUUUCAGCCGCUGCAUGAAAAAUAAAUUGCACAGUAACAACAUCGUUUAGAGGUAUCUGAAUCAAGCGAUAUGAUCGAGAAAGAGGACCCGGUCAUCAGCGAAGAGGAAGCGGCACAGUAUGACCGCCAGAUUCGGUUGUGGGGUCUUGAUGCCCAAAAGAGGUUGCGAGGCUCUCGUGUUCUUCUGGCUGGUCUAGGUGGUCUUGGAGCUGAAGUGGCCAAAAACCUGAUCCUAGCUGGAGUUAAAGGCCUCACACUGCUGGAUCAUGAACAGGUGUCAGAGGAGUCGUGUCGAGCUCAGUUCCUAGCUCCGGUGACAGCUCAGGGUCAGAAUCGGGCCCAGGCAUCACUGGAGCGAGCUCAGAACCUCAACCCAAUGGUGGAGGUGCACGCUGACAUGGACAGAGUUGAAGACAAAUCAGAUGAAUUCUUCCUGCAGUUUGAUGCGAUUUGUCUGACAGGCUGCUCCAGAGACCUGAUGGUGCGGGUUGACCAGCUCUGCUUCCAGAACAACAUCAAGUUCUUCUGUGGGGACGUCUACGGUUACUAUGGUUACAUGUUCUGUAACCUCGGACAGGAGUACCACUACAUUGAGGAGAAACCCAAAGUGGUGAAACCCUCGGGGGAUUCCAAAGACGGCCCGGAGCCAAAGAGAGCUAAAGUGGAUCCCAACGAGACCACCGUGGUGAAAAAGACGGUGCGUUUCUGCACGCUGAAGGAAGCGCUGGAGGUUGACUGGAGGUCUGAGAAGGCCAGAGCUGCCCUGAAGCGAACGCCGCUGGACUACUUCCUGCUUCUUGUUCUGUUGAACUUUCGCACGGAUAAAGGUCGUGACCCUGACCCCAAGUCCUUCUCAGAAGAUGCUGAGCUCCUGAAACAGAUCCGUGACGACGUCCUGGAAUCCUUGUCGCUGAGAAGUGACCUCCUCACUGACGACUUCAUCAGCUACUGUUUCUCAGAGAUGUCUCCCGUCUGCGCCGUGGUGGGCGGAGUCCUGGGACAGGAAGUUGUAAAGGCUCUCUCCCAACGAGACGCUCCUCAUCGUAACUUCUUCUUCUUCGACGCUCGUAAAGGCAACGGCAUGGUGGACUUCUUCGGACCAGACUGAACACUCUGGGUUAUUUUUAUCAGUUGUUGAUUCGUAAAAACAAAGGUGUUGUUUUGUUUUUCUACAUUUGCUAAUAAAACACAUUAGAAUGCU